AUAGGCAUCGUUUACGUAACGAUGUCCUCCGUCCCCCACGAAGUCCACAUCGGCGUCGCGCUCCUCCCCACAUUCCGCCGACAAGGCGCCGGCAUGAAGGCGUGCGCGUUCGCCGUCCAGUGGGCCGUCGAGACCAUCCGCGCACACCGCGUCCAGGCGCGCAUCCUCGCCUCCGCAGACCGGUCCCGCGCGCAACGGCUGUUCACUGCGUUCGGGUUUGCACACGAGGGCAUCCAGCGCCGCGCAGUCCCCGACGCAGCCGGAGCAUGGGCAGACGUGACGCACAUGGGCAUCGUGGACACGGACUGGGUGGUUCGUAGGCGUCUGCGGGCCGCGCCCCGGAAUAUGUGGGACGAGCUGUUCGAGCGGCAUCAGCGCGAGCGCGAGGAGCUGCUGAGGUGGGAGGGGUUCCGAGACAGCAUGGGGCUGCGGCGUACGAGCAGUAUGGAGACGGUGCGG